AAUAAAAAAAGUUUCUUAUCAGUUUGCAUUUAAAAGGACACAAUUUUUCUUGUUUGCUGUCCGGUCAGCAUGUGUCGUCGCACAUUGUAUGCGUUAGCGUUUCUUAUUUGUUCAGUAUAUGCUGAUCCGAGAAUUAUCUGGUUGUACAACUACGAUAGUGGAUCUACUCAAAAUAUAGUACCAGUGGAAAAUGGGGCAAAGCUCCAUGUAGCCUCUAAUGACAAUGUCACAUUAUUGCAAAAUAUCAAAAUCGACGCCGGAUUGGGGGCAGUGUCAUUGGAUCAAGUACGCUCUAUUGCUGAUUUCAAAGUUAGUUCCAAUCAACUCAUCAUCACAUCGACACUUGAUCCGCCAACUUCUGCAACGCUAACCGGCUUUAUUUAUGUAACAACUGCAGCUCAGGCUAAUGACAAUACUUUCUCUGUAACCACGGUUGACGAUCUUAAAACAUUAAGCAUAACUUCUGGAAAAUCGACUUCGGUCGUGUUGAAUACUCAAUUCACUACAACUCAUAUUCGUCCGUUUAAUGCUCCGGAUAAAACUACCUACGUCACGAAUGUUCAGCAAUUUGGAUCAACCAGCCUAAACUUCCACUACGGUUAUCCAAAUGACACCGUGAUAACUACCAAUCAGUUCUUCGAAAAUCCGCAGUAUAUUGAUAAUUACGAUGAUAAUGGGGAGGUUGCCAAUAAGACUAGAGUGUUUUUCGCACAUGUUGAGCCAAUUCAAGUAAACCUUCCAUAUUGGUACAUUACUGCCGAUGGUCCAUUCAACAUUUAUUUGGAUAACAUUUAUAUAAACUUGAACAUACACAACACGACUUCCGUCAACACAACCGGCGCUUUUGUGCUCACAGGAGUUUGGCAGAACCCAUUUGUGAACUUUAUGACUGACCCGACAAGAGGUGGAACUACGGGACUACUACUAACAACAGACUUGGAAAGCGAUGCGACUAUUCUUUUCUCUCGACCCCAAUCAAACUUUGAUCUAAAUUUUGGAAAAACCAAUAGAAUGGUACACGGACAGCUUUUAACAGAUGCCAUGUUCAACACACUUCAAAUUAACUCAACAGCGUUGUAUCCAGGAGCAAUGUACUGUCAGUAUUUUGUGUUCACCGGAGAUCUACUACCAGUUACUUCAAGCGUUGCAACAAAUCCACCAAAUCCGCAAACCACCCCACCAGUAAUCACUACUACUAAAUUGGCUUCUAACUUGAAUUUGAGUAGUUUUAUACUUUUGGUUUCAAGUUUUCUUUGCUUGAUGCUUUAAUGUUCACACUUACACUCACUAUGUGCUAACAAUCAUGUGCUAAUAACUAUUAAUAUCAUUCAAACAUGUUCUCAAAUAUUUUAUUUUUCAUUAAGUUUGUAAUUGGAAAAUCUGAACUUCUGCAAACAAUACAGUAACAGUAAAACGAUAAGUACAGUUACAUUUAUACAGUAACCUUUGCAG